AUGCAAUCAAUUGAGCUGCAAGACUUGCAGCCACAGGAUACCGCACCACCAGCAUCCGUACAGAUUGAUAAUGGCCUAGAGGAAAACAGUGACGACAACAAAACACUGGUUCCGCCAGAUUCUUUCUUCGUGCGGUGCAGACGAUUGGUCGGGGCAAUAUUUCCAUCGCGUCAUCAGCCUUCAUACUUGGAGCGAUUUCCAGAUGAACAUCGGGCCGCUAUAUGGAACUCCACUCUCGAAGAUAUUCCUCCUCGAUUGAUCCCAAUCUACGAGCAUGUGAUCAAGUCGGGAGCCCACCAGAAACUAUUUUCUAUGUUAUACUCGCCGCUGAGCAAACACGAAGUCGAGUAUCAUGAUUUCCUUUGCAGACCACGGGUUUUGCAAAACUACGAUUUAGCUUUCGGGUUGGAUGGUCUUACCGAAACUGAAUUCCAAAGUCGAAUAUUGGUGAACUGGGACAAGGACAUUGUGUAUUUUCCGAGAUAUUCUGUUCUUGAACUCCUCCAAGAAGGGUUUCGGAUUACGAGGCAGCCACCACUUAGAGUUGUGGUCCAAGGGGUCGAGAAUGUCAAGACAAUAGCUUUGCGGGUCUCGGAGUGGCAAGGAAGAGCACCAUCGCUUGACAUGAAUAAAUGGACCUCACUGGAGAAGAUCAUGUUGGUGGAGGCAGAUUAUGACGUAGGAAAAUUUCCUACCAUGACUCAGCUUCGCAAUAGUCAAGGCCAUGGUUUCGACACUCUAUCUAGAAAGACACAAUGGGGGACGCAUGACCGUUGAAUGUUGGUCGGUGAAGAUGAGUAAGAAAGAGAAAUCACUGAAAAGGCUGAAGAUCGGAGCUCCGAUUCUACUUGUAAUAUUAGCCGUUGUGUUCUUCAUUUUGAUGAUAAGCGGGGCUAUUGUGAGAAUACCGAAGAAGGGGCAUCAUAACUCAACAUUGCCGAUGGACGGGAACCGAGAUCUCAAGCUUGGUGCUCAGUGACUUGGCAUGAGGGAAGAAGGUUGAUUCUCAAGCCUGAAGGGAACUUAAGAACGGUUACUUGAGAUAUUUUGGAAACAGCACAGAGAAAUGGCGAUUCCAUUGUCUGUAGAAGCGUGUUCAGCUAGCCAGUUGGGACGAGUUGUUCUGCAAUGACCAGGAAGGGC